UUGAAUCUCCAUAUAUUUACCCGUGUCUUGCCGCUACAACUGCCUUGAUUUUCUCCGUUCACUUGAACCUCCUUUUCAGAAACAUGAAUAUGCAAUGCUUUAUUGCUUUCUGCAUCGCUUGCAUCGCUUUGGUAGCUGGUCUUGGGGACAACAGUGAUGACACCUACAGUCAGUUCGCCCCAACCAAUAACGCAUUCUACAGAUAUCUCAGGUCGUCAAACGGAAAGCCAACCUUUAUUCGAUUUGGAAAACGCGCAAAGCCGACAUUCAUUCGAUUUGGACGAUCCGUACCGACAUAUAGCAACUUUGAAAAUCAAGAACAAGACGCGUGAUACAGUAAUGCUACAGUAAUAUUGCAAUCAUCAACUUUUAACACUACAUAGUCUCACUAUAUUGCUACAUGUCAUGUCGUUUCUGUUGGUCUCACUGGGUGAUCUCUCCAUGCACGUCACUGCAUUUGCCAUAUGAAGUUAAUGUUAAUGUUUAUGGAUUUAUUAGUCAAAGCAAAAAUAGAG